GGAAGGCAAGAAAGGGGCAAGACUUUAGCGGAAGCGGAAGAAGCUGGACAGGAGCCGAGGGCGGAAGUGGCGCUGGCUGAGAUUGGGAGCCUGGGGUUAGAAAGGGAACGGCCAGAAGCGGCGGUAGCCCCGCAGGCGGGAGCAGUUUGAGGCCUGUUUUCCCUCCCUCCCUCGGCUCCUGUCCCUACCCCUGCUGUUGACACACUCGCCCUUGUGACAAGCCAUGGCGGGCCGUGGCGGAACUGCGCGGCCAAAUGGGCCGGCGACCGGAAACAAGAUCUGUCAGUUCAAGUUGGUUCUACUGGGAGAAUCAGCCGUUGGGAAGUCCAGCCUUGUCUUGCGGUUUGUGAAAGGACAGUUCCAUGAGUACCAGGAGAGCACCAUUGGAGCUGCUUUUCUCACACAGACCAUUUGCCUAGACGACACAACAGUCAAGUUUGAGAUCUGGGAUACAGCUGGGCAAGAGCGCUACCACAGUCUGGCGCCCAUGUAUUACCGAGGGGCACAAGCAGCCAUUGUUGUCUACGACAUCACAAACAUGGACACCUUUGUGCGAGCCAAGAACUGGGUGAAGGAAUUGCAGCGGCAAGCCAGCUCCAACAUAGUCAUCGCCCUGGCAGGGAACAAGGCAGAUUUGGCCAGCAAGCGAGCUGUUGAAUUCCAGGAAGCUGCAACAUAUGCAGAAGACAACAGCUUGCUGUUCAUGGAGACGUCCGCAAAGACUGCGAUGAAUGUGAAUGAAACCUUCAUGGCAAUAGCCAAGAAGCUCCCCAAAAAUGAACCACAGACUGCAACCGGGACAGCGGGCAGGAAUCGGGGUGUCAACCUCCAGGAUCCCGAACAACCCACCAGGGGUCUGUGUUGUAGCAACUGAGGGAUCUCUGCUGCCUCUUCUUGGAUUGCCCCGACUGGAAUGCGCCUGAACCAGAUCGCGCUUACAGAAGAACAGCUGCCAGGAUCCUUCUUUUUCCCUUCCCCCCCUACCCCGCCCUUCUUUUCUGCUGCUGUGAUAUUUUCUCCUUUAUUCUUCUCUGUCCAUCAAAUGGAGGAAGCAUAGAAAACCCACUUAAUCAACUUCUGUACAAAUAAAAAAAUUUUAAACUCUUUACUGUUCAACCCAAUGUGGGAUUACUCCCGUCUCAGCCCACUGAUUCACUGGGGCUUAGACUGGAGUAAUCCUGCAUAGAACAACUCCAUUUUUAAAGACAAAUGAGGAUUUGCUCCUUAUGGGUAGGUAUUUCCAGAGUGUUGCUAUUUCCAGAGCGUUGGUCCCUUUUUUUUUCUCUGCCUUCUUAGUUUUCCGGACCUAGGUUUUAGUCUUGAUCUCUGCUCACAGCUGCUUGGAAGUGGGAAAUGGCAGUCUUUCACUUGGACACAAGGUAGCUCUUGGGGCAUGUCUGCAUGCCGGGUUCUAAGCCAGGCUUGCCGUAAAGGGCCUCAGAUGGGGGGCUGGUUUAAAUACAGUGCAGACAUGUCCUUGGAAAAAGCAGGGCGUGGAGCUGGCAGAUAACCACUAAGUGAAAUGUGUGAAGUUUAAUGGUGAGAGUGAGAAACACAGACACCUCUGGCCUUUAAGACUCAUUUUGACCAAAUCACAAUUAUGAGUAUGGGAGCAGGGAGGGAGCUGAUUUCUUCUGUAUUUUGUAUUCAGUUUUUCAACGUGUAACCAAUCAGUAUCUCUCUUUAAUUACCUAUACUGACUAGCCUUGCAUCUGCCUCAGUUUGCAUCGGGCUUUGGGGACACCAAUUUUGCAUUAAUUUUCCCUUUCCAUUUUGGAUGUAAUGCACUAAUCCCCCCUGUUGGGGGAAAAAAAUUGUAUAAAAUCACUUUCAAAAAAUCAACAAUGUGAUGCCAUUGUUAAUAAUCCUAUAAUGUGUGACGGUGUUCAAAUGCUAUCGAGGGAAAGAAUAAAUUGUUCUUGUAUACAUGAGGUUGGGGGAGGUGUUCACAUAUUCCCAUAGAAGAUUGGUAAUUUCACUAAGUAGAGUUGCAGAAGGGAAGCCACAGAAGCUGAUAUAGGGCCCGAGGCAAUUUUGUCUUAUCCAUAUUGGUAUUUAAGAGAAAAGGAGUCUACUUAAGUCUUUUCAAUGCAAAGCUCCAGUUGUGUAUGAUUAAUAAAAUAAUUUUUUUAUAAAUCA